AUGGAGGAGCCAAAGAACAUGCCUCCCAUUCACAUGAGGUACCUUUUCUGUGCCGGUGGUAGGUAGUGUGGGACAGGUUCGUGUAUGGUGUGCGUGUUUGUAUGCGUAUGUUUGGUGAUGAGGUCUUGGUUUAUGUUGAUUUACCGCAGAUUUUCGCAGAGGUGGAUGUGGCCGAGUAGCCUCAUAAGGUGACUGGAUGUGCGUGGGUAGUGCGCGCGGUUAGGGCGAAUGUAUAUUGGGCCUCAGGCACUAGUUCGCCAGUAAUAGUACGGCUAUUUCGCAAGUGACCGACCGGACCGAUGCUCGAUAUGAAGGUGCGAGCGCAGUGAGGACAGGUUGUGAGCGAGUCCGCAGUGCGUAUUUUGAGGGGGGAUGGCUUACAUGAUGUCGGGAGGGUUCUCACCGAUGGCAGGAGUAGGUAGCUUUCGCCGCGGGGGUUGUGACAGUGAUGAUGUGGGUGGUUGGCAGCGAAGCAUCAGGAGUGUGCUCGUCGAUGGUUUUGUUGGCGGUGGUGACAGUCUUUGUCGUCAUCGUAAGCGUCGUGGGAGUUUACGGCAGGUAUGACGAUUAAGAUGUUUGAGGAGGCAGAAGUGGAGUUGUCGUAUCGUUAUUGCAUUGGGUUCGCUGAGGCCGAUCCGUUAGCGGAAUGUCCGUUGACAGCAGGGACAUGAGGGGAAAGGUUGCGUGUUGGCGUUGUGGGUCGGAGGAGCCUGAAACUUACGAGCCCCCCUUUUGGCUUUGGCAGAGUUGCCCCGGUGGGCUUCGUAGGUUUCUGCCCCAUUCUUCGCUGCUCUUCAGGCCGAUCGAUCCUGAGCGAGAUCCCCCAGGUCUCGGGGUUGAUUUGAGAUUCUUGAGGGAAAUUUUCCGUGCUCUUGUAACGUCGUUUCUGUUCUCCGUGAUGACGAGCACCCGUCACGACCUCACCAUGGAAUAGCCGCUUAGGUAGGUACUCGUCACUACGUGGGCGUGUUUGGAUUUGCCUAAACAUGGCGUUUACUUUCAGGACGUCCGUGUAUGCGACGGUCUUGCCACCCCAGCUUCAGUAUUCUCCUGAGAUGAAAGGGACUGAGUUGCAUGACUUAUUUGGCAUAGGCUCUCGAUGUCUCCGCCUCACAGAACAGUGUUGUCAGGGUCACUGCCCUGUGCAUGUUGAUUCUUGUGUUGCGUUUCAGUCCGUGGCUGUUUUAAACUGAGAGCUGUAGCCUGCGGAUGAUCCGGGGGCCGCUACAUCGUCGAUCUUGAUCUUUGAAAUUAUAAUUCCUAGGUAUGCUAGUUUGCCCACUGAUGAAAAUUGUCUUCCAUUGACGUUGAUAUGGGGUUCAUUGUAGUCCUCUUUGAUCGCCGGUUGGUGUAUGACCAUCAUUUUCUCCAUGUUGAUGAUCAGUACGAAGUUAGGGCAUUUCGCCGCACUUCCUCUUCCGUUGUUGUGUUUAGCAGCAGUCAUCUGCAAACAAAUCCUGGACGCUGACCUUGAAUACUAUCGAAGGUGCUUUGAAGCGACGAAUGUCAGACAAUUUUCCGUCAGUUCGUUAGUUGAUGUCUAUCCCUGACCGCAACCUAGUCACGAAUAUUGACUACGAAUAGGGCUGUUUUUUGCUUUACAUAAUCUAUCGCGUAUUCCUCACAUCAGAAAUAUGCCCCGUAGGGCUCUUAGACCUAAAUAAUUUUUCGGCAGGUUCGUGCAGAUAUUUUAUUUUUUUCGUAGUUUGGUUGUCUUUGCCUCAGUUUUGGAUGACAGGAGUCUUCUGUCAACUUCACUCCCGCUGCAAGUGCACUUGGAAUGCAUUUAAUUUGCUCUGAAUGUUGCAUGCGUCUUCGCGAUUUUGCCCAACGCAUGUGGACGCUUUUUGCGGCUUAAUCUUAGAACUGCCAACGUUUCAUCUUUUCUACAGAUUUAUCAUGUCCGAAGCCAGGCACAAGCACCGUGGAAGAUCCAGGUCUCCAUUCGACGACAGUAUUUCCACAAAUUCGAAAAAAUCAUCGAGGGGAAGUAAGCCUGACCACAAUCACUUGGAGAACCGACGUGAUAGACACUCCUCCCCGUUUGAUGGGGAAUUUAGAAGGCCGCAUACGACCGAUGAACACAUAAACAUGAACGAGAAUUACAAACCCCGUUACAGGCCUUUUGAAGUAGGCCACCAGACCCCCGAAUUUUGGGAGCACAGGCGUCAGAAUAGAGAAAAGGCAGGAGCCCUCUUCAACGAAAAACUCUGGGCAAGUCCGCCCUCAAGACCCUUCUCCGAGGACGAAGGGAAUACAGAAGCGACAGUUGUCGAAGGUCCGGAUCCGGCUCCUAUUCAUUCCCUAUCCCAUGAUCUCUCCGACUCCGGCAAAACCAAAAAGUCGAAAUCGCAUAAAAAGUCAGGGGAAAAUAGGAAGUCAAAUACACGUUCCCACCACCACCAUCAUCACCACCGCCACAACAAGAAGCACAAAAAGUCGAGAAAACACCGCGAAAAACCAUCAUCUUCGUCAUCCUCCAGCGAGUCGUCUUCCAACGAGGAGGAUGAGCAAAAACUCUUUAUUCGUCAGAUGAAAGCCAAGAAAAUGGAGUUAGAGCGUCUUCGUGCAGAGGAAGAAGAGGCGACAGCGCUGAUAGGACCAGUCCUGCCUGGUGGCGAGUCCUCUGCCGCAGUUCCUCUCGACUAUGGCAAAGCCCUUUUGCCUGGAGAAGGUGCGGCAAUGGCCGCAUACAUUGCUGAAGGCAAGAGAAUACCCAGGAGAGGUGAAAUCGGAUUAACCUCCGAAGAAAUCGAGAAAUUUGAGCAGGCAGGCUACGUCAUGUCUGGUAGCCGUCAUCGCCGAAUGGAAGCUGUACGUCUAAGGAAGGAGAACCAGAUCUACUCUGCAGACGAGAAACGGGCUUUGGAGAACUUUAAUCACGCGGAACGCGCUAAGCGUGAGGCGAAGUUACAGGCCCUUUUCAAAGCCCUCAUUAAGAAGAAACUGGAAGACAAGCAAUCUUCCUCCUCCGCCAAUCGCUAA